CCAUUACAUACGAAAUCACAAUUCCAUAAAAAUUCCACCCCUAAAUCCCCUCAUAACUCCUAAUCCAAUCACUGCACCUCAAAACUGAAAUCAGCUACAAAUUUCCGGCUCCAAUUUUCUGAAUUCUGAUUUCUUACUUGCUACCGAUCGCCAGAUUGUGAUGACGACACUUUCCGAACUCAAUGACGACAUCAUCCGCAGCAUGUCAGUUGGAGCCGUCUUCUCAGAUUUUGGUGGUAAAAUCAAUUCGCUUGAUUUCCAUCGGACAGCGGAUGUGUUGGUUACAGCAAGUGAUGACGAUUCGGUUCGAUUUUAUGACAUUACGAAUGCUCAAUUGGUGAAGACAACAUAUCAUAAGAAUCAUGGAGCUGACAGGGUGUGUUUCACUCACCACCCAAAUUCCGUUAUAUGCUCUUCGAAAUACAAUUUGGAUUCUAAUGGAGAGUCGUUGAGGUAUCUAUCGCUAUAUGAUAAUAGGUGCCUUCGGUACUUUAAAGGGCACACAGACAGGGUUGUAUCUCUGUGCAUGUCUCCAGUCAACGACUGUUUCAUGUCUGGUUCACUAGAUCACAGUGUACGCAUGUGGGAUCUACGUGUUAAUGCCUGUCAGGGUAUAUUACAUCUGCGAGGUAGGCCUACGGUUGCUUAUGAUCAACAAGGUUUGGUCUUUGCUGUGGCAAUGGAAGGAGGUGCAAUAAAACUAUUUGAUUCUAGAUCACAUGACAAGGGUCCUUUCGAUACCUUCCUAGUUGGCGGGGACACAGCUGAGGUGUGCGAUAUUAAGUUCAGCAAUGACGGUAAAUCAAUGCUUCUGACAACUACAAACAACAAUGUAUACCUCCUCGAUGCAUAUCAUGGAGAGAAGAAGUGUGGAUUUAACAUGGACUCUUCUGCGAAUGCCACCAUAGAAGCAACCUUCACGCCUGAUGGCCAAUAUGUGCUUUCUGGUUCUGGGGAUGGAAAUAUACAUGCGUGGAACAUCAGUGACGAGCCAAAUAAGGUCGCUUCUUUGGACAGCCACAUCGGUGUUGCAGGGUGCCUGAGAUGGGCUCCUCGUAGAGUCAUGUUUGCGGCUGCUGCUGCUUCCGUUCUAACCUUUUGGAUUCCUGACGACGAUGCUGAGCCGGGCGCCCCUGCCCCUGCCCCGGUUCCUUUACCCUGAUUGUUAACGUCGGAACAAUUGUAUUCAUCUAUAUGGAAAACCAUGGAAACAUGGCUGAUCAAAUAGAAGAAUGGUAGCUAACUUUACUGAGAAUCCUAGCUUUUAUUUACUGUUUGAUGUCGGUUGUUUAUUAAGUGAAUAUUUGCUUCCGCUUGUUUUAA